AUGGCAGUCGCCUCUCACGCAGACGAAACUGUAGCCGCCGACUCACUACCCAAUGUUCAAGAAGUCCCAAAGCGCAAAUGGACCAGUUAUAUCUGGGAUACCUUCGAUAAGUCGCCCGAGGAACGUCGGCUGCUAUUCAAGUUAGAUACUGCGAUUUUGACUUUUGCGUCUCUGGGUUAUUUCAUCAAAUACCUUGACCAAAUUAAUAUCAAUAAUGCCUUCGUAUCUGGGAUGAAGGAGGACCUGGGCCUGUACGGCAAUCAGUUGAAUUAUAUGCAAGCAUGCUGGACAGUCGGAUACGUCAUUGGCGAGAUCCCAAGCAACAUUUUGUUGACACGAGUGAGACCAAGAUACUGGAUACCGGCCGCGGAGCUCCUAUGGACAGUCCUUACUUUUUCGCUGUCCAGGUGCAAUACUGCCACUCAAUUCUAUGUUUUGAGAUUCUUCAUUGGUCUGGCGGAAAGUACCUUCUACCCCGGAAUGCAGUACAUUAUCGGUUCAUGGUAUCGACGGGAUGAGCUCGCCAAACGAUCUUGCAUUUUCCAUACCAGCAGUGGUAUUGCUAGUAUGUUCUCUGGUUAUCUCAUGGAAGGCGUGUAUCAUCUGGGUGGCAGAGGGGGCUUCAAAGGGUGGCAAUGGCUUUUCGUGAUCGACGGGGUUAUCUCUCUUCCAGUUGCAAUCGCCGGAUUUUUUGUAUUACCUGAUGUUCCGGAGAUUUCGAACCCAUGGUACCUUACCAAGGAGGAAGUGGCAUUAUCACAAAAACGAAUGCAGCUUGAGGGUCGGCAAAAUCGAGGCCCUUUCACAAAAGCAAAACUGAAGAAAAUCUUCUCUUCUUGGCACAUCUAUCUUUUGACAUUGCUAUAUGUACUCUUCAACAAUGGUGGUGCCGGUGGCCAGCCUGUCUUCCAACAAUAUCUCAAACACUCAACGAAUCCCAAAUACUCUGUGGAUCAGAUCAACGCAUACCCGACGACAACCAACGCAGUACAGGUUGUGACAACGCUUGCUUAUGCUUGGUCUUCAGACACAUUUUUGAAUGGCCGUCGCUGGCCUCCCAUAAUAUUUGGUGCUGUAGUGAACAUUAUAAGCUAUGUCUCGCUAGCUGUAUGGGACAUUCCAAUCGGAUGGAAGUGGACUUGCUAUAUCAUUUCUGGGGCAGGAUAUGGUCUCAGCGGUCUAUGCAUGGCCUGGGCGCAUGAGAUAUGCUCCAAGGAUAAUGAGGAGCGAGCGCUUGUGAUAGGCAGUAUGAACGAGAUGGCAUAUGUCCUCCAAGCAUGGCUUCCACUCAUCGUGUGGCAACAAGUCGAAGCACCAGAAUAUCGAAAAGGAUUUAUCACAGUGUCCUGUUUAUCCCUCUUGUUGAUCAUCACAACAUUUGUUAUCCGGAAUCUGGCUCAUAAGGAGAGCAGGCGGGAAAAGGCCAGCAACAGCCAGGCGCAGGAAACGGGUGACAAUCUGUCUGACUCCACCUCUGUUACCCCAGUGGACACGUACCAGCCUCAGAAGCUCUGA